AUGAAGACUUGUUUAAAAUCUGAAGCUGAAUUUUAUUUAAGUGAUGAUUGUUGGGAGCAUGUAUUCACAUUCCUCAUCAACUGCCGCGACGGCAACACUCAAGACAACAACAAAUUCCACUUUAAAUCUCUAUCCCUCGUUUCAAAACAAUUCCUCUCCAUCACCAACACUCUCUUACUUUCUCUCACUAUUUCUCACCUAUUACUCUCUCUUCCCACUCCUCUCUUACUUAGAUUCUCCAACCUUAAUUCCCUCGACCUCUCCUUCAACGUUCGUCUCAUACCAAUUACCUCACAUUUCAUUCACUCCUUGCUCACUCUAAAGGCUUUGACUAGUCUUAGUUUGAGUCGGUGGCCCAUUUCAGAUAAUUUUCUAUAUGCAGUUGGAAGGGAAGCUCUUCCUUUAAAGAGGUUUGUCCUCCAAAAUUGUACCGGCUAUACUUACCAUGGAAUUUAUUCUUUCUUAUCAAAGUGUCAAACUAUACGACAUUUCGGUCUUCUACAAGAUCAUUUUAUAAAUGAUCAUCAUAUUGCCAGCUUGUCUUUUAUUCUUCCUCGUUUGGUGUCUAUAAACGUUAGUCGAUGUUGGAAGCUCACGGAAUCAGCCUUGUUUGCACUCAUUAGUAACUGUCGUUCACUUUCUGAGAUCACAAUGGAAUGCAUAAAUUUUCAGAAUUCUCAUUCUUUGAAGGAUUUUGAUGUGAUCCCUCAACUAAAGUCUCUAUCUUUGGCAUACAGUUGGCUGAUAAAUGAUGAAGCUAUCGUAUUGAUUGCUUCCGUUCUUCCCAAUUUGCAGCAUCUUGAUUUGAGUUAUUGUUAUUGCAUAUCUGAAAAUGGAGUGAUAAAAGUGAUUGAAAGGUGCAAAGAGCUGAAGAAGAUUGAUUUGAGAUAUUGUAAAGAGGUGGAUGCUGAUGCCGUUGUCUCGAGGGUUCUAUCAAGGCCAUCAUUGCAAAAGAGGAAACUCUUUUCCUCUUGUGGUAUUAUUGAUGAAUAUUUUCUAAAUAAUGAUCAUGUUGCCGAGUUAUCAUUGCUUCUUCCUCAUUUGGUGUCUAUAGAUCUUAGCCGUUGUUCCAAGCUCACAGAAUCAGCUUUGCUUUCUCUUAUUAGAAAUUGUCAUUCACUUGAAGAGAUUACAAUGAAACACAUAUAUUUUGGGAAUUUUGAUUCUUUCAAUGAUUUUCAUGUGAACUAUCAAUUGAAAUCUUUAUGUCUGGCUGGCAAUAAGUUAAUAAAGAAUGAAAACAUCAUAAUGUUCGUCUCCAUUUUUCCCAAUUUGCAGCUACUUGAUUUGAGCCGCUGUCGUGGAAUGAGGCUACUUGAAAUGAACUUUGUAGUUCCUGAAUUGGAGGUGUUGAACUUGUCAUAUACAAGAGUUGAUGAUAAAACACUCUAUGAGAUCUCAAAGAGUUGUCAUGGACUUUUGCAACUAUUAUUGACAUGUUGUGAUCAUGUCACACAAGAAGGAAUUAUAAGUGUAGUUGAAAAUUGUACACAACUUAAGGAGAUCGAUUUGAGAUAUUGUAAUAAAGUGAAGGCUGACGUCGUUGUCUCGAAAGUUUUAUCAAGGUCAUCUUUAAAAAAGAGGAAACUCUUCUCGCGUAAUGGGCGUAUUUUCUUCUACUGA